AUGAGCGGGAAGCCGCCCCCACCGAUACUCAAAAAGGGAGGGCCGCCUCUCCCCAAAUUGGUGAAGCCCUUAGCCAAACCACCCUUCUUCCUGAAGCCAAAGGGAAAGUCACCUGGGGUACUCCCCAAAGGAAAGUCAGAAGAGACCAUCGACAGUGGACAAAAUGGACAGGGCAGUGAAGACCCUCCGAAAGCGAAAAUACUGCAACCAAAAUUUAAGGCAAUCAAGCCGAAAAUAAAAGUCCCCGAGAUGAAGUUUAAGCCGAUGAGUGGGAAGGCAAAGAUGAUGAUCCCUCCCAAGGUUACCCCGUUUGGGAGUAAAAUAUCUGCACUUAGCGACUCUCAACCGGAGGAAGUGUCCCCCGGAGGAGCAGACUGCAGCCUGAAAGAAGUUAAGUCCAUCAAGUCGAUGAAAUCGAUGAAGUCCAUGAAGUCCAUGAAGUCAACCAAGCCGACCUUAUCGGGAAUGCUAAAAUUUGAUAAGGCGUCGAAAGCAGCAAAGCCAAAAUGGAAGAUCCCGGAUGCGAAGGUCAAAGGAUUAGGAGAGAAGGGUAAUACGGCAAGGUGGGAAAUUGAGAGGAAGUCCAGCACUGUGGGAUUGACAUCCCAACAGGGGGUAGACGGAACAGUACAAGUGGAAGAGGGGGAACAGACAGAAUUCAGAAGGAACCAGUCAAAUGAUAAUGGGCCCCUGGAGGGAAAAGAAGAAACAGGCAGAAUCAAGAGGACGCUGCAUAUAAGCAAGUACCAUGACAUGGGGAAUGCUGUUAACCAGUUCAGAGGUCAAGGCGUGAAAUCAGCGCAGGUAGUGAAGACAAAAGGGGUAUUUGGGAAAGGGAAGGGAAAUUUCCCCUUACCCCCCUUUGCGAAGGAUACGGAAAAGGAGUCUUCCUCGUUAGCCAAGGAAGAGAAUGUCCAGGUGAUGCGCAAGUACAGCUCGCACAUGUCCAGUGAAGAAAGCAAAUGGGGAGUAGGCUCGCUCAAGGGGGGUUCCAAAAAGGGCAUUCCUUUGAAGGGAUUAUCUCUAAAAGGGGCCCUGCCGAAAGGGUCAUUGACAAAGGGGCCAUCUGUCAGCAGGACCUUGAGCGUCUCCAAUGAGGGGGAAUCAAAGAGACUAGGAGAUGCACAGGAAAGUACGCACACAAAUAUUGUCACACAUGCAAAUGGAAAAAAUGUGAUGGUUGGGGUGCCAGAUGCAUCGUGCAGACAAAUGGUGGGUCCCUUAUCGACUUCCAAAACAAGUACACUUGUAAGGGACACACAUUACAUAAAUGCCUUCUCCAGGAUGGAUGGAAAUUACAUGGGAAAAGUUACUGGGCCACCGACCCCCAUUGAUUAUUACGAUAAGAAACCUCAACACAGUUCAGGACAAAAGGUCUUGGAGCAGGAAACACAAAUGGAUCGGACAUCACCACGUAGUCCCUUUCCCCCAUUUGCCACAUUUGCAGAAGGUUCCUACUACAAUGCAAACGUGAUGCCUCUGUGUUAUUACAACAAUGAUGUGCUUCAAGGUGGGAUAGGUACUGGGUGCUCCAUGUUUUUUCCGCCAGGAUGGUACUACGUGCCUGUGUGUAAUUACGGAGACUCCGGGUGGGUGGAACCCUCAGGUGGUUGCAAGUCGGUAGGUGGCCCAUCAGGAGCGGGGCAACUGUACGUAGAACAAAUGGAGGGGGGAAAGGACAUGUCGAAGAAAAGGGACAACAGAGGUAAAUCAUCAGGGGGGCGAGGAAGAAAGAAAAAUGAUACGCUCGUCGCUUCUGGACAUUUGAAGCCCUUGCAGUUUAGGAAGGGGGUCGAAUGGAGCAGCGAAGAUGAGAAGUACCUGAAUGCAGAUGUUUCUAUGGAGGAGGAACGGCGAGAAAAGACAAAGAAGAACACAAAGGGACGGGAUAAGGGGAAAAGGUCCAAGUCCAUUGGGGAUUCUAAGUGGUACGAAAUUGAGCGACGCCUGAACAACUGCCGAGGGGUCAUCCAGGAAAGCGAGGCGGAAGAAGAUAGGGAGGAGGAAUAUGAGGUGAAAAAUGGAGGGGACCGUGCGUACUACGUGGACUGCAGCGAUGCAGGUAGUGAUGCCACCUGUGACGACGAUACGAAGUACAUCGAGGGGGUGGGCAGUGAGUACCGCUACGAGGAGAACACCGAAAGUGGGGGGAGCGGGGGAGAAGCAGGCGAAGUAUGGGUCCACGCAGACGAGGAGUACCCAAACGGAUACGUGAAGAAUAACCUGACAGGGAACGCUCGCUGUAGAAAUACACGCCACAAGAACAAAGCAUUAAGGAAUCCCCGCGCGAGUCGCGCCCUGGAGGAAAGCUACUCUUUCGACUACGAUAACUUAUACAAGAAUUACAAAAUAGGGUACCUGCGGGAUCGGUUGAAGUGGGCGAACGAGUAUCUGCGCAGCGGGGGGAACAAAAUUAUCCCUUCGAAGAGUGACCCUUCCAAUGACGACCCCGCCAAGGAUACCCAUCCGAAGAAGCACAAAGAACGCCUCGACGACAUUGCUCAUCUGUUCCUCCCAAAGAACAAGAGGCAUCAAAACAUAUUCGACCUGUCUGUAAAUUUUUCCCAUAUCUCAGAAAGCGAUAAGGAUGACAUAAUCAGCAUGCUCUUCUCUUGCAGGCAGUUGGAGAAGCUCAUUGAGGAACAACACUGUGUGCUCGAUAUGUUGGACAAUGAUUUAAGGGAGGUAAAUGAAUCAUUGAAGUUACCACCCACAUGGAAUAACUUCAGUCAUUUUGAGGUACUUCAAGAGAGCAUACUGAAUGAGGAGAACAACCAAGGAGUACCCCUUAACAACACUCCUUUUUUCAUUAAGGGGAAGGUGGCCUUGGUUCCUAAAAACUUGGAAUCCUUCUUCGAUAAACCUUUGGUGGGGGAUAAGGUAUCGGGAGGAGGGGAAGUAGCGGGCGUUUCCAGCGCACUGAACAUGUCGGGCGUGUCUGCAUCGGGUGCAUACUCACAACCCGUGGACACCCCUUCGAACAGCAAGUACAUGCCGAAGUUUGCCAAGGCCAAGGUGAAGCCGAAAGUCUCGCUCCUGUUGAAGAAGGGCACGUGA